AAGACAUUAGACGGAGAUUAUUAUCCGGCUUAAAAUCUUACACCCCACCUGAUUUGAUAGCAUUCAACCCCCCCUUUUUUUUCUUCCUUCAACAUAUUUAAGAUCGCUCCGAUAUUUCGUCAGUUCAGCGGACGUUGACGCAGCGUUACCCAGAAGGUGUUUGCACAGAUAGACAACGCGCAUAACGAGCGCUGCAUCUGCGUCUACCGUCUGCGCCCCUCCCUCUCUGACUCCCAGCAUCACCGGCAGCCCGGUAAUGCUGUCAUAAACCGGAGAAUAAAAUUCCCGUUUAACGAUCCUGAAGAAGAGCCGUCGUAUUUUCUGAACGGUUAUUAUGGUGGGCUGCAUUCAUUUGUAAGCACAGGGCCUAUAUUGUGUUAUUGGACGCGACCCCAUUCAGAGACAUAACACAACCUGCUUCCUUUACGCUGUUGCUAUUUAUACAUAUAUAUACGUGGGCAUCACAUGUUGUGCAUCCUCGAUCGGAUGUGAGUAAUCUAUUUCUUUUUUUUCUUCUUCCCCACUCGGGAGUCUUUUCGAGGCUUUCCAAGGGCAUCGGCGAGCGACACAGUGCGGCAGCGAUGUGCACGUCUGACGGCUUCACGGAGCAAGUGGGAGGGAACCUGUUUCUGCCACUGUAGUGCAUUGAGUUUUUCUGAGUUGUCGUCCAUAUCCAGGGUUCAAGCACUCCGCCGUAGAGCUCCUUCACUCGGUCCACCGCCUGGCUUUUUUAGGAUGCGACGUCAUGAGUUGAUCGCGCCUGGCAGAUGUUGCUGUGUUGCAGUUGCGCGGGCAUAGAUUCACCGCUGGUUCCCGCCGCUCCGGGGAUGCUUCUGUAAAAAACAAAGCAAAAAAAACACGGUUUAUGUGAUCAAUGUUAAGUCCUCGCUUUGUGCUCGGGCAGAUCGCGACAUUCAUUUAGUCUUUCGGGAUUUCAUAAAAUGAUACCUGGAUCUGCCGCAUCAAUGCUACCGUCUGCAGAAGCUGCGAAAUUGUACCAGACCAACUACGUCCGUAACUCCCGUGUCAUCGGACUCUUAUGGGCCAUCUUCACUAUCCUGUUCGGUAUUGUUAACGUGACCAUCUUCUCACAGCCCUAUUGGAUUGGGGAUGGCGUGGAUACGCCGCAGGCCGGCUACUUCGGCCUCUUUCACUUUUGCGUCGGAGACGGACUCUCCAGAGAGCUGGCCUGCCAGGGUACCUUCACCGAGUUCUCCGCUAUCCCCUCCACUGCGUUCAAGGCCGCCUCCUUCCUCAUUGGAAUGUCCAUGAUGCUGGUUGUCACCUGCAUCGGCUGCUUCAGUCUCUUCUUCCUCCUCAGCACCUCCACCGUGUACAAGAUCUGUGGCUGGAUGCAAGCAGCAUCAGGUGUCUGUCUGGUGCUCGGUUGUAUGAUCUAUCCUGAUGGUUGGGACAGUGAUGCGGUCCGGCGGAUGUGUGGAGAGCAGACAGACAAAUACAGCCUGGGGGCCUGCUCAGUGCGUUGGGCCUAUAUCUUGGCUAUUAUGGGCAUCCUGGACGCUCUCAUUCUCUCCUUCCUGGCUUUCGUCCUGGGGAACCGGCAGGAUGGACUCAUGACAGAAGAGCUGCUGGCUGAGAGCAAGGAGGGAGGCAAUGCCUAAACAAAUCUUUAGGUUCCUGAAUUCCCAUUUGUCUGUUUUCAUGAAGUACCAGUCCUUCAACAUCAGCUUAAAGGAGGGAGGCAAUCAAAGUCUCUGAAUGAGAAAAAUACUAUGGAACCAGCCAGCCUGCCUGUCACAUCUACCUGCCAAAAACCCAGUGUAACCGACCCUCCAAGUCCAUAAAUCUUGCUUGCAUUCCCUAAACCAUCAUCCCCAGCACUUAGAUGGAGCCCAAGGGUUCGUUCUCUACUGAGCUAACCCUUGCACAACAUCGCAUAGACCAUGACAGGGGCAGAGACUGUUAUCCCUAUGAGAAGUAUAUGGACUACCCACUACCUACCCGAGAAGGCACAGGGUUGACAUUGUACACCUGCAGUACGAGCACAGACACACACACACACACACACACACACACAGACACGCGCCACCUCACUCACAUGCACAAACGCAACUCUGUAACAUCUGCACAUACAGUACAUUCAAACAAAACAUCAACAAUCUCUGUAAUUACAUGUAUUAAACUAUGUUAACACUUAGCCGUGUGUACCACUGUCAGAAUGUGUGUGUGUCAUGUUUUAUUUGUGAAAAGAAGAAACUUCUCAUUUUCAGGAUAAUGUCGGGUUGAUGUAAAUCUAUUGUGUUUCAUAUUUAAGGUUUGACAAAGAAAUGAAAGUUUUAGUUUCUUCCUUCUUCCUCAUACGCCCCUUUGUUCCUCUUCAUUUACUAGAAAAAAGAUAUUUAAGACUGUUUUAUAAGAAUAUUAUCAUCCAAAAGAGAUAAAACUUGUAUUACAAAGUAUGUACAGUGAAUAUUAAAGAUGUUCUAGGAAUUUUACCUAAAUCCAUUCAAUGCCCUGCUAGCUAACUUUGCACAGCGCUUCAGUUUGAGAAGAAAUCUAAUAUUUUAUAGUCUGUGGUAUCUUACACUGUGAUGGGGGCUAUUAGGACUGUGUGCUGCAGGACUCGUAGCUGCUGUGUGAGUGUGCUUCUCUAUGUGUGUGUAGGGAAGUCUGUGUGUGUGAGUGAGUGCAUGCACAUAUGUGACUGUUGGUGUGAAUGCGUUGUGUUUGUUGGGCUAGUGAACCAAUAUGCCAGCCUCACACACAAUUGUCCUGUUGUGUAGCUAAAUAUGUAUGUCUCUGUCUCCAGCUCUCUAUUUCUGUUUCUGAUUCUCUUUCUCACUUUGUUUUGUUGGGACAUACAGGGUAACAUGAUGGAGUCGGAGUAAUGUGUAUAGUGUGCCUGAGGAGUGAGCUCUAGUAGUGAUGGAUUAGUAAGGCCUGUCCCAGCCUCACCUGUGGAUAUGUUCCUGUGUAAAUAGAUAUUCUAUAGAUACCAAACAAUUAGCAAAUAUGGAGGAGGAGAUAACUUAGAGCAAUUUAAGAGAUUCAUU